AUGUCCAAUCCCAGAAAGCGCCCGCGCGACGAGCGCAAUGAGGAGUUCAUACGAUAUGUGCGGCAGGAAUCGCAACCGGGACUCGACGGAAACGACAUUGUGACCAGGUUCGUGAGUCCUGCAGUUACGGCAAGAUGGUGGAAGAAAAGUGGCCAGCGAAGGUUACCUCGAGCGAUCGAUCGCAACAUCCACGCUCUUCCUACGACGAUUGAGAAUGGCUACUUGAACAUCUUCUCCAUUUUGGUGUACAUCAGCAGGACAUACCUCAUCAACAACUUCACCUCCAAUGGUUACCAGGACCUGCAACUGCCUUUACUCAAUCCGCGAUGUUUCGGCGAUGAUCCUGCACUUGUCGACGACAUGAAGGAGUUUUGCGAUAACCAAUGGAUGUUCUGUCCUCUGAUAUUCUCGAGACAUACCCCCAUGGAUAAGCGAUACAUCGAUCCUCGGCAAAUAUUACCUAGCAAAACGACUUUCACGAUAACAACUGAUUCGAGCUACUCUAAAUCAAUUAUUAGGGUUGUAACCUUGUACCCUGAAUGCUUCGAUCACGAAUGGAGUCCGACGGGUACCGUUGUCUUUAAAGAGUACCGCACACGAGAGAAAGAAACUUUGCGCGAUGCAUGGAUCAAGGAAUACAACGCAUUCGCCGCGAUCGAGUCCUGUGAUUACAUUGUGAAAUAUCUUGGCAGCCUUCUCGAACUGUUCAAGCGCAACGAAAGACCAAUAACCGAAGAAGAGCGGCGGUAUUUCUUAUAUGGCUUGAUGGGUCUUACGAAAGCCAUCGACAAGAUACAAAACCUUGGAGGCGGUCCUAGGAAUCAACGAACAGGGUUUGCUCACCGUGAUAUCAAGCCUGCCAACAUCUUGGUAUUCCCUGGUCAAGAUGGGCGAUACUCAUAUGGCUUCCGAAUGAAGCUUGCUGAUUCCGACACUGCGACACCCGAUCGACCAAUAGAUGAGGAUGAAUCCAGUUUCCAGGAUAAUGAUGGAAACAGGACAUAUUGCUCUCCCGAAGCAACCAGGCUCUACAGGGACCAGGAGAAGGGUUUUAUGCAGGUUCCAGUAGCCUCCGAUGUCUGGUCUCUUGGUUGUGUCAUCAGCGAAGCAAUUGUCUGGGUUACUGGCGGCACGGCUGCCCUUGAUGAAGCUGCCAGCGAUCGCAGAAGGGAGAUACUGACACAUUGGCCACUUCUUGCCGAUGGCAGCUUUGGCGAAUGUUUCCACAACAGUUCCACAGCGCUUACUUGUGUUGUGAAAUCACAUGCAGCUGCACUCGAUGCGCUACAAGGUCCCAUCUUCCUCUCACGGAAUGUCUGCAGUCUCGUCGAGCAUUGGAUGCUUGUACCAUAUCGAGAAAGACAAUCCCCCAUCCUUAUCUGGAAAACCUUUGAGAGAAAUUACCGGGAAGUCUUUCACCCUGUUCCCCCCUUAGGUCAUCAUACCACGCCUAUCUUACCUCAAACCGGCUUCCACAACACUCCGAUACUCACUCAGUCACCCAUGAACAUAGCUGAGUCGUUGUUUCAGCCAGACCGAUCUCCUCACCAGCGGCCAUCCUCCCAUCCAGGACCUUCGCACCAGAUGGGUAUGGCUUUGGAUCGCCCCGAUAUACACCAGCGAGACCCCCUUGGCAUCAACACUCGCAUGGUUUCGAAUAACGGAACCUCAAUCGAUCGCCACAUAUCAGCUCAAUGGAGUCACAAUGGUUUCCAGGCUAUAUCUGAGCUGGAAGGCAAAUCGUCCCCUGCGUCAGCGGUAUCUUCCAAGGAGUUCAAUCUUGGAAACACUCUGGGUUCUCCAACACAUCCUGGCAUCUCACUUCCUGCUCAAGAUAAUCAUUACCAUUCGAUCCCCGACGCCAACACUGCCAAGACAUCUGUCGACAUCAACAGACUCACCCCACAGAAACAGAAUGAAAUGGGUUUGUAUGGGUACCUCACUGUCGACAAUGUUGUCAGUCACCGCAAGAAGAAUGGUAAAAGGGAAUCAUUGGAGGGCUACGAAAAGUUCCGCAAUCGGAUGGGAAAUCGGCGGUUUGUCUUUAUAAUAGACGAUUCUGAGACGAUGCGUGAUAGGGAGCGCGAGGUACUUAAAGUGUUGGAGGUUUUGGUAUGGCUCGUCUGGAAGAUCGAUCAAUCUGGUCCAGAAAUCCGCUUCACUUCGAAACCAGACAAGAAAUUCCCGAUAGAGCGUCGGCCUCGGGUUCUUCUCAAGAUGGAGUUGAUGAGAAACGCUCUGGACAAGUUCAUCAACCCAGUACGGCACUGGCUCAGUGGCAACGACGCUGAAACCCUCUGCAAUAUGAAGCACUCAUUCAACCAGAUAUUCUCAGAUGCUAACAUGGUGGAUCCCAAACGUCCAACGAGCGUUAUUAUCCUGACAGAUGGAAAAUGGGAGCACGGUGAUUCACGUGAAGAGAAAGGUGCCGAGGCCUGUAUAACGAAGAUUAUCAAGCGAAUGGAAGAUAAGGGCAUUGGCGACACCGCUUUCGCCUUUCAGUUUGUGAGCUUUGGUAAUGAUCCAGUUGGUCUUGGUCGGCUGAAAUAUCUGGACGACGAUGCCCUCUACGGAGGGGAUGAGGAUAACCGGACGUAA